UGCAGUUGCUGCUUCCGACCGAGUGGCUGGCGUCGACUCUGUGAAUUAGAGUGCGUACUACACACCCAGGAGCUAACGCGGUGGAUUAAAGCCAAGCAGACCAACACACACAAACGACAUGCAGCGAGUAUUCAGAAAGGAAUAAGCCCGUCGCGUUUGAGCAACGGGGAGCUCAAUAAUUCUCAACCCAAAAGGCGGAAAUACCACCGGCGAAUAAGACGGCAAAAAUGGUGCUAACGCUGCUGCUUUCCACCCGUCCUCAAUGUGAAGUUACUGCGCCAAAUAUUCGGGCUGACCAGCCAACUCGUCCACAAGGCGACAUGGUUUUCAUUUGCUGGACCAGUAGGGCGAGAGAAGAUGCGGCGGCGGUUGUUGGCCUGCUCUCAGUCAAACGUAACGCAAACGUACAGACAGAUGCACGAGGCGGGUGACUUGAUGGAGGUGAUUUUACGCAGCUGCGGAUAAUUCUGGCCCCAUGUUUGAUUGGACCUGAUAACAGGUCUGACCUUGUCACUGUGACUUCAGCGCUUCACGUUUUCAAACCAGGGUUAUUGCAGGGUAACUGCAACAUACAAUAACAAUCAUGAGCAUCCACGAGUCAGAGGUGCACACCAUCUCUCCAGAGCUGCCAGCAAUGUUCGACGGCGUGAAGCUGGCGGCGGUUGCCACGGUGCUCUACAUCCUCGUCCGCUGCUUGAACCUCAAGAGCCCCACUGCGCCGCCGGACCUCACGUACCAGGACACCGCCCUGAACCGCUUCCUCCUCAAGUCCUGUCCUCAGCUGACCAAAGAGUACAUUCCUCCCUUACUGUGGGGUAAGAGCGGUCACCUCCAGACGGCACUCUAUGGUAAACUUGGUCGGGUGAGCUCUCCUCACCCAAGUGGUGUCAGGAAGUUCCUACCCAUGCAGGACGGGGCCACUGCGACCUUUGACCUCUUUGAGCCACAGGGGGACCAUAGAACAGGAGAUGACAUCACCAUGGUGAUAUGCCCUGGUAUCGGUAACCAUAGUGAGAAGCAUUACAUUCGGACCUUUGUGGAUCACGCCCAGAAGGACGGCUACCGCUGUUCUGUGCUGAACCACCUGGGAGCUCUUCCCAACAUCGAGCUGACCUCUCCGCGCAUGUUUACUUACGGGUGCACAUGGGAGUUUGCGGCCAUGGUCGGCUACAUCAAGCGGAUGUAUCCGCAGACCCAGCUGAUGGUGGUGGGCUUCAGUCUGGGAGGAAACAUCGUUUGUAAGUUCCUGGGCGAGAACCGGAUGAACCAGGAGCGAGUGCUGUGUUGCGUCAGCGUGUGUCAGGGGUACAGCGCUCUCAGGGCACAGGAAACAUUCCUACAGUGGGACCAGUUUAGACGUUUCUAUAACUUUCUCAUGGCUGACAACAUGAAGAAAAUCAUCCUCUCUCACAGGCACAGUCUUUUCGGGGGAAACCCCGUCAAAGCAAAAGAACUAGAUCUUGGCCGUCUGUACACAGCGACAUCUCUCAUGCAGAUUGACGACAACAUCAUGAGAAAAUUCCACGGCCACAGCUCUCUCAAGGAGUACUAUGAGAAGGAGAGUUGUGUAAAUUAUAUUCACAACGUAAACGUGCCCCUGCUGCUUGUGAACUCUGCAGACGACCCUUUGGUUCAUGACUCACUGCUCACAAUCCCUCGCACACUCGCAGCAAAGAAGCCCAACGUCAUCUUUUCCCUGACGCUACACGGAGGCCACCUGGGCUUCUUCGAGGGCGCCGUGCUCUUCCCCCAGCCCCUCACGUGGAUGGACAAGGUGAUAGUGGGCUACGCCAACGCCAUGUGCCAGUGGGAGAAACAGAAGCCGCCGUGCCAAAGUAACCUCCUGAGUCAGAGCUCCUGCGUGGAGGAAAAAGCGUAAACCUCUGUACCUUUGCACCUCUCACUCCUUCUCCUCCCGCUCACCCUCAUCCCCACCCCCCCGACCUACCUGCCUCUGCACUGAGGAAACACCUGAACUGAACCUUAAACCGCUCUCUCUUCUCUGCCUUCUACUCUGGUGCUACUCACCACUCCCCAGCCCCAUACAUCCCGGUCGAACACGUCUCCCUACGCCUUCUCCUCAGUUCCCCUUUGUAGUCACGGCCCCCUCGCAGUGCGUGUGUGUGUGUGUGGGGGGGGGGGGGGGGGGCGACAAAGCAAAACAACUAACUGCCUUUGUGCUCAUUUCCGUUACAAAGACUUUGACUUCAGGACAGGGACAUUUCGUUUCUUUUCACGUACACAACAAUGAUCCUUGGCGGGUUUUGACCAAAUACGACGAGAUGAAGUCAAGUUGGCAUUAAAAAGUAAGGUGAGAGAACCAUUUCAGUUUAGUGAAAAAUCAACAGCACACAAGAAGCCUGCUGUUACCGUAAUCAAGGAUCGUGCUGCAGUCGGUGCCCAUUUAAUGCACCUGUAAGUAGCUCACUGCUUAUCACCGCCAAGGCCAUGUAGCCUAGUCCGCUGUAUUAACACAGCGUCUUUGAUGUGUGUGUGUGUGUGUGCGUGUGUGUGUGUGUGUGCGUGUGGGCAGAGAGUUAAAGACUUGUGACGCAGCGUGUUGUCUUUGUUUUUUGGUAGUUGUGAUACAAUUUCCUGCCGUGGUCUAUUGUCCGUACUUUUGGGUGGGCUGCUGUUCCUUUUUUUUUUUUUUUUUUUUUUUUUGUAGAGAAUGUACAUUAGAAAAGUAUUAAGUAUAAUGGUGGGAUUUAACACAUUAUUUCCAGCUCAUUACAUCCCCUUGGCACAUGCUCAUUGCAGACAUGCCAUGCACAUUCCCACCGUCGCAUUUCAUCACUUUGAUUCAGUGCACUUUAUCCUGUGUGACACAAUCUUGUCUUUCUUUUUCUUUUCUUUUUUUUCAUUGUUACUCUUCUCCUCAUUAGCCAAAGUGCGUGUAAGGAGAUUAUUGAUGGUUUAGCUCCCCUCGUGACCGAGAGAAAGGACUGUAGGGAGCGAGGACGAUAACGAGAAGUUAGAUGACUCGUGGUUCCCCGUGUUGUCUUCGAGCCCUCUUACUCUUUCGUCUGCCUUUGAUCAGCUGCAGGUCCGGCCGAGGCCACGAUAUCCUCCUCGUGCUGCGCUCCACCUUGUAAACACACCUCUUUUGGUUCCAACGUGUCGAUGCCCUUUUGUAUUUUCGCCUUUGAGCAGAAAAUGUUCAGCAGUGUGAGUCAGAUUUUAACGUCUGCGCUGGGAGGUGUGAGGAGUAAGAGGGCCGACGACGCUAAACCAAAUGUUUCUUUAGUAGAUUGUUUGUGCUACUGGUAAUUCUAAAAGUGAUUGUUAUAUUGUUUGAUUAGACGGUGAAAACGACAUGUCAGUAGUGACGGACUUUAUUUUGAGGGAUUUGUUUGUUCCAAAAGACUGCUUUGAAAAGCUUUUCUGCUUUUGUUGUGACGGGGCGGAACGUUUGUUGAUAUCUAUCUGAAUCGUGUCUCUAUAAAAUCAUGCAAUAAUGGGAUCUGUGGACUUUACACAACCUGCAUCUAAUCCAGAUUAUUUUGCAAACCUUGUUUAAGGGCUUAGGGAGCUUCUUCCCAGGCAAAGUCCAGCCAAGUAAUUUGAACACUGUGAUGAGACAGAUGGACGGUUUGAACAACAAAGGGACAGGCAGUGACUGAAAGCAGCACAUCUUGUUAAGCUUUUAAGGCUUUUAAUGUUUGAAAGAAGCGGCGAUUCAUAUUCCCCUUUGUGUCAAUUACUCACAGCAUUUGAAACUUGAAAGGUCCCUUUUGACCUUGGAAAUAGUCAUUUGGGUUCUACAGUGACAAGAUAACCACCAGAAAUCCAAGCGGUUGUUCUUUGGCUCGAGGACAAUCUCUUAAUUUGUUGUUUAUUUGUGUUAUUAGAUGUAAUUAAUUUAAAGUUAAGCUCCCAUUUGGAGAACACUCUGUGUGAAUCCUGGGAAGUCUGAGUUAUAAAGUGUUUAGUAUUGUGGGGAAUGAUUGGCAGAAAUGCAAUCUAGUCUUCACAUUUCAUUUUUUGGUGUUUUUCCCCUGCUUGUAAUGAGCCUUCAUACCUUCAGCUCACAACGAGAGCGCCACGGCGCCCCCUGCUGUGUUUCUGCUGUAGCCCAUAACAGACUAAUUCCUUUGGUGUGCAGCCACGGCAACUACACACUGUCCCUUUUCAAUGUCACUAAUGCUAACUUAACAGAGACAGGGAUUAACAGAUCAGAAUUGAAUCCCCCUGAGCGAUCCGAUACCAUGUGCUCACAUAUGAGACCUGUAUACCGCAUUUUAAUUUACGCUCCGAUAGAAUGAGAGCAGCGAUGGCUGUGACAGUCGCUGAGCAGCCUGACAUGAUUGAAUUAACUAAACCAAAAGUGGUAACACUACGUUUAUAAGGACAUAGAAGGGAAUCUUGCAAUGUUAACGAAAGGGAAAAUUAAAUAAUGCAACAGUCUGACUGUCUGCUCCAAAACUUAACAGGUUCUUUCCUUUUUUCCAACUUUCAUUCAGAUUUAGCCAAAUGUUUUUCUGAAAUCCUGCUAAACCAAAAUUAUACUUCACUAGUGACCUAUUUGCAGAUACCUGAUCUACUUCUAAGUGCUUGCAUCUUCAAAUUGGUCAGAAACACUGUUGCUUGUCUCAGCCGCCAUCUUUUUUUUUCUUCUUUUUUUUUUUUUCCUCGUGGCCACCUGUUGUCCGGGAGACCAAACUAACACAGCUAACACCCUGUGAUUCAUCCGCCGUGAGAUUAUUCUCCUGUUCACUCUGUCCACAGCUCUCAUUUCAACAAAACCAGCUGUGGUUUGGGUUUAUUCUGGCUCUUAAAAAGAAUCCGAUGACUAUUAAUGACACCAGCACAAACGCAGCUUAUGCAGCGAGAGCCACUUGUGUUAUUUUUAAGACGUUUGCCUCCCCCAACUUUGCACAAAAAUGCAGGUUUGGAUGUAUUAUUUGGAUGUAUUUCUUUGUAUUUUGUAGUCUUUUUAUGACUUUUUUUGUUUGUGCAAAUGCAUCAGAACGAGCGUGUUGAGUAAACAUACGGUGGAUGUUUACCGUCACCACCUUGGAUAAAAACCAAAACCUCUACACUUUAUAUAU